GUGUGCGUGCGUGGCUGCGUCCACCACCUAUCGUCAUUCAAUAAACAGUGCGAAUCGAACUGCCAGUCGUUUCACUUGUCUCACCUGCUCGCAUAUAUAACAGUGGCGACGACUCGGUUGUGUUUACCCACAUUUCUUUUGUGAAAAUGUCGCAAAGCGUUAGUGCAAAUUUCGGUAUUUUAAGUAGUUUUGACCAUAAUGUGCAUACGUGGAAAACAUAUAAAAGCCGAAUAACACAGUGGUUUAUAGCCAACGACAUCAAUAACAACAGCGACAAAACAGGAGAGAAACGACGUGCUAUUUUAUUAAGCGCACUCGCAGAAAGCACAUACAAGCUCGCUUCAGACUUAGCGCUGCCAAAGGAGCUUGAGUGUGUACCAUAUCAAGAUAUACUGACUCUUCUUGAUAAACACUUCACGCCAAAGCGGGUAGGAUUCAGCGAGCGCCAUAAUUUCUACGCGGCUACGCAACUAGUUGACGAAUCUCACAGGCAAUGGGCGAGUAGACUGCGUGGUCUUACGGCUCACUGUCAAUUCUCAAAUGUGGAAGAAGCGCUCCGCGAUCGAUUUAUCAUGGGUAUGCUGCCAGGGCUAGAAAAGCAAAAGCUAUAUGCACAGGAUACGGCGGAGCUAACACUGGCAAAAGCGGUUGAGUUAGCGGAGAAUCUCCGAACAGCACAUACCGGUGCCGGGGCUGCGGCCCGCGGGUCCUCCAGCGACACCUCAUCAGCUGACCAGCAGCUGUUCAAGAUCGCGCCGAGUCAUCAGAAAAACACAGGGUUGGCAAAAUUAAAGUGUUCAGUGUGCGGAUAUAAUAAUCAUAAAAGUUCGGAAUGUCGUUACGCUAGCUAUGUGUGCAAAAAGUGCAACGAAAAGGGCCACUUGCGUAGAAUGUGUCGGAACAAAGUGAACUACGUCAGUGUGGGCACCGGUGCCGAGAGCGAUGACGACUACGAUGAUGGUGAGUUAUAUAAUAUUCGCUCACAAAGAGGGGAACCCUUGAUAGAAACUAUAGGUAUUAAUGGUUCAAGUUUUAAGUUUGAAAUUGAUAGCGGAUCUGCCGUCACGGUGAUAUCAAAAAAAAUGUAUCUAAAAUGUUUCAAGUACGUGCCAUUGUCUAAAACAAGCAAAAGGUUGAUUACAUAUACAGGUAAUAAAAUAGAAUGCAUCGGGUUAGUUUGCCUACAAGUAGCGUACGCGAACAAGGUGCAGUCUCUGGAUGUAUAUGUAGUGGAAAAUGGCGGGCCUCCAUUGUUAGGUAGGGAUUUUAUCUCGUUAUUUAAUUUGCAAUUGUUACCGGUAAAGUAUUGUGAGUUUAGUGAUAUUGCGGUCGAACAAUUGCAAAAACGUUAUCCCAGGCUGUUUUCGAAUAAGCUGGGAGUAUUUAAUAAAUAUAAAAUAAACCUGCCACUUAAGGAAGGUGUAAGACCGGUUUUUUUCAAAGCGCGCCCUAUAGCAUUCUCGCUGCGCGAUAAAGUAGGUACUGAAAUUGAUAGAUUAGUCAAGUUAGGAGUUUUGAAGCCGAUAGAACACGCAGAGUACGCAUCACCAGUAGUACCAGUACUUAAACGUAACGGUUCCGUUCGGCUAUGUGCAGAUUAUUCGGUGACAAUUAAUAAACAGCUGGUCGUAGAACAAUAUCCAUUGCCUACAAUUAAAGAGUUGUUUUCAAAAUUGUAUGGAGGACAGCAAUUUACUAAAUUAGACCUGUCCAUGGCGUACAACCAGUUUGUAUUGGAAGAUGAAUCACAAAUGAUAACCUGUAUCAAUACUCAUAAAGGCCUUUAUAAAUAUACACGUUUAGUAUUUGGUUUAGCGAGUGCACCGGCGAUCUUUCAGCGUGCUAUGGAAUGCGUGCUAGCAGGUAUGGAAGGGGUAACUUGUCUAUUGGAUGACAUUCUAGUCACGGGCAAAAAUAAGCAUGAGCAUGUGGAAAGGUUACAUGCCGUACUUCACAGAUUGGAAAGUGCAGGAUUAACUUUGCAAAGAGAAAAAUGCGAAUUUUUUAAAAACGAAGUUCAUUAUUUGGGCUAUAUAAUUAAUAGUAAAGGGUUAAAAAAGUCACCAGAAAAGGUUCAUGCUAUUUUAAAAGCACCUGAACCCCAAAAUGUAAGUCAACUUCAGUCUUUUUUGGGGCUCGUGAACUACUACAGAAACUUUGUUGCCAAUGCUUCUUCAAUAUUAAGUCCACUGUAUAAUUUAUUGAAAAAGGGUACUAGGUGGAGUUGGGAGCAAGAACAUAGUGACGCAUUUAAAACAAUUAAAUCACUAUUAGCUUCCGACCAGGUAUUGACUCAUUAUAAUCAGAACGCAAAGUUAAUCCUAACUGUAGAUGCUUCUCCAACCGGUUUAGGAGCGAUUUUGUCGCAGGUAGAUAAAGACGGAAUCGAGAGACCUAUCUCAUUCGCAUCACGAACCUUAAACGCCGCAGAAAAACAGUAUUCGCAAAUACAAAAGGAAGCAACUGCAAUCAUAUUCGGAGUACGGCGAUUUCACCAAUAUUUGUACGCCCGAUCGAGCCCGUUUACUUUACGUACUGACCAUAAACCACUUAUAUCUAUAUUUAGUCCAUACAAGGGUAUUCCAGAGGUGUCGGCCAAUCGUUUACAACGAUACGCAAUAUUUUUGGGAGGCUAUAAUUAUAUAAUUGAGUAUAUACGCAGCGCGGACAACAGCGCAGAUUAUUUAUCGCGCGCCAGCCUGCCGGAGGCUGAGUCAUCAUCUAUCACGCCACGCGUCUUGAAUGGUUCCAAAGGGAUGACGGCGGCGGCGGCGCAGGCGCAGCGAGACGACGAUGACAGUGCAUACGACCGCGCCGCCUAUGUUUGUUUCGUGGUAGAGGGGAGUAUGCCGGUGACAGUAAGUGAUAUCCGCAAUGAAACAAACACAGAUAUAAUUUUAAGCCAGGUAAAAAAAUAUGUAAUGAACGGUUGGCCGAAUAGGGUUUCCGAUUUAAAAUUAAAACCGUAUUUAUUAUGUAGAACACAGUUAGCAUAUGAAAAUGGUUGUGUCAUGAGAGGACAUAAGGUGGUGAUACCUGAGAGAUUACGAAACAAAGUUUUAUCAGACUUGCAUACAUCACAUUUAGGGGUAGUAAAAACAAAAGCAGAGGCGCGCUCGCGAUUUUGGUUUCCUGGAAUCGACGAUGCCAUCGAGAAAAUGAUAGGUACUUGCAAUAUUUGUAUACAGCUCCGUACUUCGCCAGCGCGUGCGCCUAUUUCACCGUGGGCCCAUCCCCCACGACCCUUUUAUAGGUUACACAUUGAUUUCUUAGGCCCAAUUAAUGGACAUUCGUAUCUAGUUAUAGUCGACGCGAGUACCAAGUGGGUGGAGGUGUACGACAUGAUUACAAAUACUACGACAUCCGCUGUAGUUGAUAAAAUGUGCGACUGUUUUUCAAGAUUUGGCUUACCUAAUACAAUCGUUAGUGACAAUGGCACGGCUUUUUGUUCAAAAGAGUUUAGGCAUUUUUGUUCAUUGAACGGAAUAUCACAUGUGACGUCACCUGCUUAUCACCCGGCAAGCAAUGGUCAAGCAGAGUCUUAUGUAAAAAUCGUAAAAAAGGGAAUAAAGUCCAGUUUAUUAGCAAGUAAAAGUGUCAGGGAGAGUAAAAUCAAACUACUGAAAUACUUGAUGGACUACCGAAAUUCAGUACAUUCUAUCACGGGUUACUCCCCUGCUCAACUGGUGUUUGGGCGGAAACUCAAGUCGCGAUUAGACUUAAUUAACCCGAAGUUGUCAUCGCCUUCGACACCGGACAGUAAUAAAAAUAUUGUACCUACUAAACAGUGUAUGCAAAUUAACAAACAACAAAGAAGGAUUAAAAAAUGUUUCAGUAAAGGAGAUUACGUAUUAUAUAAGAAAUAUUAUUCUAAGAGUGUUUAUAAAUGGGGUAAGGGAAUAAUUGAAAAGAGAAUAGGUAAAGUACUUUACUUAAUAAAGGAUGUGAAAACUUCAUUAUUCAUUAAAAAACAUGUCAAUCAAAUAGUACAAUAUAAAGGGACAGGAAAAGACCUAGGCCGAGGAUUACCGGAAGACAUCACAGACAUGCUACCCGAAUGCACUACGCCACCAUCGUCACCGCCACCGUCGUCGACGCUACCGCCUCCGUUGCAACAGUCACCACCGCCACAAUUACUGACAUCGCAAUUACCGUCAUCAUCGAACCCUAUAACCCGAGGAACAGAGAAUGGUGAAGAAAGAUCAGAGAGGGACACCAGCCAAGAAACGGCCGAAAUUGAUGUGGACCAAUCCAUUCGUGUCGAGCGGGAAGACGAAUUCUUCGAAACAGAACCACAUAACAAUGCGGAGAGCGAACCAGAAGAAGUGCCUAGGCGUGUCUUACGCAGACGUCCCUCGACGCUAGACUUUAGGAAGUACUUUUAAAAUAUUGUUCUAAUAGGGGUAGGAAUGUUAGAUAGGUGUUUGUAUGUGUGCGUGCGUGGCUGCGUCCACCACCUAUCGUCAUUCAAUAAACAGUGC